UGCCAGAAUACCAGAGAGAGACAUCCAACCUUUAUACUCCAUGGAAAGAUGAUGUCAGCAGCUUCCAGGAAAACUUUGUGUUUAGCAACAACUGCUGCUCUUGGCCUCAUCGGCUCUGUUCUUGCAUUCUCUCUGUAUUUUGAGCUACCAUCCCCUGUUUGUCCAUCAUCUACCUGUACAUUAAUGGAUGAAGACGCUUAUGAAGCCAUGGAUCCCACUGAGAAGCCCAUAGUCCUGCUGUGGUUCUGGCCUCUUGGUGUGAGGUUUGAUUUCAAGACCUGUUCUACCUACUUCAACAUUGAUAGCUGCCUACUGACAGAUAAUAGAUCCAUGUACAGUAAAGCACAGGGAGUCAUUUUCUUCCAUAGAGAUAUAAACUGGCAUUUGCAGAACAUGCCUAAGGACCCACGUCCAACUUUUCAGAAGUGGAUUUGGUACCAUGUGGAAUCUCCUACGAACACAGCGAAGAUUCCAGGUUUGGACAACCUGUUCAACUUAACACUGAGCUACAGACGAGAUGCUGACAUCACGGUGAGGAAUGAGCUGAUAAUCAGGAAAACAGAGAUGAAAGAUGACUUUGUUCUGCCCAAGAAAGACAAACUGGUGUGUUGGAUCGUCAGUAACAACAAUCCAGCUACUGGAACAGCUGUGAGAGAGAACUAUUACCGUGAACUGUCCAAACACAUACAGAUCCAUCUCUUUGGUGCUUUUUCAGGGAAAUUGUUAAGUUACGAGGACUAUUACUCAACCAUUGCUAGUUGUAAGUUUUACCUCUCAUUUGAGAACUCAAUCCACAGAGACUACAUCACUGAGAAGGUGAACGGGCCCCUCGUGGCAGGGACGGUCCCUGUAGUUUUGGGUCCACCAAGAGAAAACUACGAGCAGUUCAUUCCCUCUGAUUCCUUCAUUCACAUCAAUGAUUUCCCUGAUCCUAAAUCACUGGCAGAGUUUCUGAACUACUUGGACACAAAUAGUGAAGCGUACAUAUGUUACUUUGAGUGGAGAAAGCACUACACAGCCACUCCUCAUCUUCUGUCAAUGCAAAAUGAAUUCAUUCAGCCCAUCUGCCUCGCUUGUGACCACAUGUCGAAAAACAGGGAUUACCAUGUAGUCAAUGACCUUUAUGGGUGGUACUGGUCAUGAAAAGCAGGUUUUUUUGGGGGUUUUUUUUGUGAGUACAGCUUUUGCGCAAUAAAACAAAGUGAAGCACAUCGAAUAAACUGUGGUAUUUACAGUAGAAAGCAAACAUCCAUCUGACACCGGUUUCAUCUGUCUUCCUUUCACUUGUUGUGUGUGUAUUGCUCCAAUGAUCCAGUAAGACCAGGUGGGAUGAGACAGAGACAAAGAUGCUGUUUGUGACCAGUAUUUGCUUUGAUUCAUUUGUCAUGUCAAAGGCUCACCCCUGCUUUCUAUACCUUUUCCUUCCACACCCAACAGUGGAGGUAAAAGAUUAGAAGAUGGAUGAUGAUGAUGCAAAGAUCCUGGUUUGUAACAUGAUUUGUUCGGCUGGGUUAAGGGACUGAAUCUCUGAGACUGUGCUGUUAUGAAUGUAAUAUCCAUAGACAAAUAAAUGACUAUACAUUUACAAUUAUAGCUGAUAAUUCCAAUACUUUUAAUACAUUUUAU